AUGCUGCGUGCGGCGUCUCGAGCCGUGGGCCGCGCUGCGGUUCGCUGUGCGCGUCGCUCCGGGCCUUCCUUAGCGCGUCCUCUCGCCAUGUCCCGGCCUCCGGCACCCGGCGCCACUUCGGGCGCCCCUCUCCGGCCCGCCACGGUUCUGGGCACCAUGGAGAUGGGGCGCCGCAUGGAUGCGAGCGCCAGUGCCGCGACCGUCCGCGCCUUCAUGGAGCGCGGCCACAGCGAACUGGACACGGCCUUCAUGUACUGUGAUGGCCAGUCCGAGAGCAUUCUGGGCGGCCUGGGGCUUGGGCUGGGCAGCGGCGACUGCACAGUGAAAAUUGCCACCAAGGCCAACCCUUGGGAUGGGAAGUCACUGAAGCCUGACAGUGUCCGGUCCCAGCUGGAGACGUCACUGAAGCGGCUGCAGUGUCCCCGGGUGGACCUCUUCUACUUACACGCUCCUGACCACAGCACCCCAAUAGAGGAGACGCUUCGUGCCUGUCACCAGCUGCAGCAGGAGGGCAAGUUUGUGGAGCUUGGCCUGUCCAACUAUGCCUCCUGGGAGGUGGCUGAGAUCUGUACCCUCUGCAAGAGCAAUGGCUGGAUCCUGCCAACAGUGUACCAGGGCAUGUAUAACGCCACCACCCGGCAGGUGGAGAAGGAGCUCCUCCCGUGCCUCAGACACUUUGGAUUGAGGUUCUACGCCUACAACCCCUUGGCUGGGGGCCUCCUGACGGGCAAGUACAAGUAUGAGGACAAGGACGGCAAGCAGCCCGUGGGCCGCUUCUUUGGGAACAGCUGGGCUGAGACCUACAGGAACCGCUUCUGGAAGGAGCACCACUUCGAGGCCAUCGCCCUGGUAGAAAAGGCCUUGCAGACCACCUAUGGCAGCAGCGCCCCCAGCAUGACCUCGGCUGCCCUGCGCUGGAUGUACCACCACUCACAGCUCCAGGGCACCCAAGGGGAUGCAGUCAUCUUGGGCAUGUCCAGCCUGGAACAGCUGGAACAGAACUUGGCCGCCACUGAGGAAGGGCCCCUGGAGCCGGCUGUCGUGGAGGCCUUUGACCAAGCCUGGAACCUGGUCGCCCACGAGUGUCCCAACUACUUCAGAUAGAGUGUCCUGGCUCAAGCUGCCAAGGCUUUCCCGCCACCUCUUGGGUUCACACCCUGGCCGUUCCUUGCCUUAUGCCGACUCAGUGGGUCUUUCCUUCGAUCUCCACCCACACAGUCUUCUAGAUUGCAGCCCUGCUCCCUGUCACCUUCAUGAUGAAGAAAGGCUGGCUGGGCUGAGUCCUACAGCAGCUCUUCCUGUCUAAAUAAAGCAGGCAUCUGGCCUGGCUGCAGCCAGGACUGAACCUCAGACUGUCUCCUCUACUGCUCAACACCUGCUCCCUCCAUGCUGCCUCAGGACCCAUGAGAAAGGGUGGAACCAGGAGCUGGGGCUUCAGAGAGCAUAGAUGUGGGAGUGUCUGACACUGCCUGGCAAGGAUCCCCCCACUAUGUCCUGAUCAAGCCUCACCCUUCAAUCUUCUGCUACAGGCUGAAGCAGAAAUAUGAAGUAGAAGCCUUGCAUUCUGUUGUAAGAGUCGGGCUGCUGGUAGGUCUGAGGCCAGUUCUGGGAGAGGAAGGGAAAGGAACCACGAUGGAGAAGAAUGAGGAUGAAGAUGAGGAUGGAGACGGAAAAGAGUUAGAGUUAUGAGAGGACAGGAGGAGAAGGGACAGAGAGGAGCUGAGUAUAAGAACAGAAUUGAAGCUGUGUAGAUAGAAUUUAAUCUCAGAGGAAUAAAGAGGACGGACAGAAGAGCUCCUUUUCCUCA